UGUCUGGGACAGCCAGAGUGAAGACCUUGGUUCUUGGCUUUCCCUCAUUUGCACAGUAGCACAGCUCGCUCUCUGCUUCAUACUCCUUUCUUUCUCCCAACUUUGUGGGACCUGGCGUAAGUCUUAAUACAAAUGAGGAUGCUGUUUAAUGUGAGGAGCUUUGUCAGCAUUGCAAAACUAACAGGGACCAGGAGGCAGCUGCUGCGACAGUUCUGGUAUGGGCCACCAGCUCAAAUGAAUGUUCAUCUGAAAGGUCAGGACCUCCUUACUCUACAGAACUACACAGGAGAUGAGCUGAAGUAUUUGCUGUGGAUGGCCUCAGAUUUGAAACAAAGGAUAAAGUACAAAGGAGAGUAUUUGCCUUUGAUGCAAGGAAAAUCUUUGGCCAUGAUUUUUGAGAAGAGAAGCACAAGAACAAGAUUAUCUGCAGAAACAGGAUUUGCUCUCCUUGGAGGACAUCCUUCCUUCUUUACAACACAAGACAUACAUCUGGGCACUAAUGAGAGUCUCACAGAUACAGUGAGGGUGCUGUCCAGCAUGACAAAUGCAGUCUUGGCUCGAGUUUAUAAGCAUAAUGAUCUGGACCUAAUGGCAAAAGAAUCCACGAUCCCAAUAAUCAAUGGACUGUCUGAUUUAUAUCACCCUCUCCAGAUUUUAGCUGAUUACCUAACCCUUCAGGAGCACUAUGGUGGGCUGAAUGGACUUACUAUCACCUGGAUUGGGGAUGGAAACAAUGUCCUCCACUCCAUCAUGACAAGUGCUGCAAAGCUGGGAAUGCACCUGCGUAUUGCCACUCCCAAGGGCUUUGAACCAGACCUCAGAAUAACUAAAAUAACUGAACAAUACUCUGAAGAGUAUGGUACCAAGUUACUUCUAACAACAGAUCCUUUAGAAGCUGCAGAGAGUGCCAACGUCUUAGUUACAGACACAUGGAUAAGCAUGGGACAAGAAGAGGAAAAGAAAGAAAGACUAAAGGCCUUUCAAGGUUAUCAAAUUACAAUGCAGACUGCAAAAUCUGCUGCUUCCAACUGGACUUUUUUACAUUGUUUACCCAGAAAACCUGAAGAAGUUGAUGAUGAAGUAUUUUAUUCCCCACAGUCGUUGGUUUUCCAGGAGGCUGAAAACAGAAAAUGGACAAUUAUGGCUGUCAUGGUUUCCCUGCUGACAGAUUACUCACCACAGCUACAAAAACCUACAUUUUGAUGCUUGGAUUCCCACCAGGAGAAAAAUAUUCUUCAUUGGCAGAAUAUUUUGGUCCUCAAAUACAUAGACCUUCUUCAUAAAGGAUCAAGGCAAUGAAUGAUAUUUGAAUAAAACCAUAUAGUUUGCUG